UCACUGCUGCCACACAACUCCGACAGAGGAGGAGCUUAGCAAAUACAGUUACCAUUAACUUGUUUUUAAAACUCCAAUUCGAAAUGUUUCUUCGCGUCUUAGAAAUUGUAUUUUUCAUUUAUUUUGCAUCGCACAUUCCAAUUACUGUCCUCAUUGAUUUCCAAGCUUUACUACCUGAACAUGUGUAUCCACCCGCGCUGAAAAACGUAUUGCAGUGGUAUGCUGCCGAAUUCAAGGAUCCGAUGAUGAUGGACCCACCUGUGUGGUUCAAGUCUUUUGUAUUCUGCGAGGCUCUUGUGCAGCUGCCCUUUUUCCCAGUCGCAGCGUACGCUUUCCUGAAGGGUGGCUGCAAAUGGAUCAGAACACCAGCAAUUGUUUAUUCCGUUCAUGUGGCCACCACUCUGGUCCCAAUCUUAGGCCACAUCCUGUUCUAUAACUUUCCUCAGAAACCACAUCCAGGUCCGCAAACUCUGAAUGAACGUCUGAAUCUUGUGUCCAUUUAUGCGCCAUACCUUAUCAUCCCUAUUAUGAUACUUCUGACCAUGCUCUUCAGCUCAGCAUAUAACUCAACCUCUCCAAGUGGAAAAGCUUCCACAAAGUCCAAGAAACAAAGAUAGUUGCCAGUUCAUCCUUUUCACAGACCUGUAGACAUUCCACUGUUUGACAAGUGUAAGGCUGGAUACAUUGUAAAUCACUUAUGGAAUGUAAUCUGGUACUGAUUACAAAUUACAGAAAUUCGAGAACUGUAUGCAGCCGUUGCACAUCAAGCAGUAAUUGAUUCAAUAUUUUGUUUACAGAUGACAAAAUAAGGUAAUUGCAAAAUAUAUUUUUAUUCAUGUGUACUUCAAAUGUGUAUGAAGUUUGUCAAAUAUUGAGAUAACACACUUGAUGAUCUACCGUAAGGUAAAUGUAAACGAAUAAUAAAUGAAUGCACUAUUUGGUUUUGAAAAGUACAGUACCUCUGCUGUAUGUCCAAUGCAAAGUGUUUCUGGUGUGGUCCCACUAACAAACUGUAAAGAUGUCAUGAGGAUAUGAUAAAGUAAAUUGUAGAUGGGUUCAAGUCACAAACGGCAAUUAAAGUACAAAUCAUACAGAAAAUAAAACAUUUAUCCCAAGAAGUCUCAUGAUGAAAUUAUUUACAGUAAUAUGCAAAUACUGCAUUUUUCUGUUGUAAGAAAUAUCAAAGUAAUUUUCCAUAUAAAUAGUAUAAAUAACUUUUGUAUAUAAACAGCAUUCAUUUGAGAUUAUGAUAUAUUGUGGGGAAGUGUGUUUCCCUUGGAUCUGGCCAUGCAACAGCACUCAAUGUUAAUGCAACAGAGUCAAAGGUUGAGUCUGAAACAGACAUCUGUCACCUAUUGACUAGUCAACUCAAUUAACAUAGCUUAAGAUACAGCACUUAAGGAAGUCA